UAUUCACAUAUAACACCGGCGGCGCGAGCACAGCGGAUUCGUCGGCGAGACUUGACCACCAUCAAGAGCAAAAUCCCUGAUCUAGAACGAAACAGAAAAGAAAUUAGCUGAAUCUGUUUCAAGCGAAGGGCCGAGCUUCAGGGGAGGUAGCUUGAUUCCAAAGUAUUGAGUUCAGUUUCAUUUUAAAGUCGUUGAAUUUGCCUCUAGGAAUCCGGUUUGGAGAUGGGAGGAGUCGUUCUAGGGAUGCCUGGUCCUUGGGCUGAAAAUUUCCUUGAAAAAUCUGAUCACUACACUACGAAGAUUGGAGGAUUGCCUGACUGGCCAUUCCCCGAAAUGUUUCUCAGGCCUGAUCUGAUAAAAUGCGUUUUGUGCGGUGAAAGGCUCUGCCUUCUUGCACAGGUAUAUGCUCCUAUUAAAUUGCCAAAAUUGAAUGUUGACGAAAGAGUCAUCUAUGUCUUUGGCUGUUUGACGAAAAAAUGCGGGAGUAGCCCUAAAUGCUGGCGAGCACUUCGCAUGCGAAAGUGCAAUAGCGAGAAGACUCUCAAUGGCAUCUGUGAAGAUUCCAAACCUUCUGCAAACUGCAAUGGGGAUGAGAAAAACAUGGUUAGGGGUAACGAUGGAAGUGUUGAGAAGAACUUGGUGAGUGGCGAUGAAGAAAGUGUUGAGGAGGAAUAUGAUGAUUUAUACUUUGAUGAAUUGGCUCGGGAACUUUCUGAAGCUUGCUCACAAGCUUCUCGGUCCAAGAAACCAAAUGGCUCCUUGAUUUUAGGAUCUAAUAAGACGAGUAUGAGAUCUGAGUCAACACUAAAUGGCAUAAACUCAAGCAUACCAGUGGUUCCUUGCUUUUAUAUAUAUACUCAGGAAGAUCGAUCCGUUGGUGAAGUUGCUGCUGUUUGUGCCAAUUAUGCCAAACUUUCUGUUAAACAAGAAGAUGAUUCUAAUAAUGAUAAAGAUGAUGAAGUUUGGGAAGGAGAGGGAUAUGAAUAUGAUAAGGCUUUGGGUGCUGAUAGAACUUUUUUGAAGUUCAAGAAACGGAUGGAUGCAUAUCCGGAGCAAUGUUUUAGGUAUUCAUAUGGUGGCAAGCCGCUUUUGGUUAAAACUGAUUUGGAGGAACCCAACCCCUGCAAUCUCUGUGGAUCACCACGGCAAUAUGAAAUGCAAUUGAUGCCCUCUUUGUUGUAUUUUCUUCAUGAAGCAGCUGAUGGUUCGUUAACUUGUAUGCCAGAUGAAUGGAAUUGGAUGACCAUGCUUGUGUACACCUGUUCUAGUAACUGCUGUCCCCAUUCGUGCGCAGAAGAGCCGGGCAACUGUUGCUGGGCUGUGGCUGAAGAGGUAAUCAUAAUCCAGGAUGAUUAGUUUUCUUAACAUUGUAAGUUUCUUAACAGCUAAGUUGCAGUUUACUAAGAAAUUAGUGGCAGCUUCUCUCCGUUUUAUGGGUCUGUUUGGGGGCAAUUGUAGCUUGUCCUGAUUGCUUAUCCUUAUAAGCUACUGAUCAACAGCUAAUUCAAAUAAGCUGGCUGGCUAUUUGUUUGUGCAUUUGGAAAUCAUUUGAUUUGCAGCUGCUCCUGGAUAAAUGAUCAUUCUGCUCCUGAUCUGGAUAAACUGUCUAGUUGUUUGCUUUGUGAGUUUGAAAAACUGUUGAUUUGCAGUUGUUUCUUGAUAAUGAUCAUUCUGUCACUGUGCAGUUGUGUUGUUUGCAACAAAAUUGUUAUGACUAUAUAUUUGAUAGUUUAUAACCCAAAAUACAUUUCAUAGCAUACGGUGACUUCUUCAAGUGGGCAGACAGUCCGACUGAUUCCACUACCGAUAGUGAUCGGGAUCCGAUGACAUCCCUACAGGACAACAUUGCUCAUGACAUGCUAUAUUAGUUGGGUUUUAAACUAUCAAAUGUAUAACCAUAAUCAUUCUGUUGCAAAUAGCACGACUGCAAAAUGACAAAAUGGUCAUUUAUC